UGAUUGGCCUCGGAACCAAUUUGACUUCCAACUCUGGCUGCUAUACACAACGAUUCCCAACACAAGUCAUCAAACACUGAAUAGCCUCAUCAGCUCCCGCCGCCUCCCGUAAGACAGCCGUUCUAAAUAUCGCGUGCGCCGUGCGGCUCGUGCUGCCGUGCGACUGCCAUGUCCACGAGUCUAGCCUGAAACACGUGCGCUCCCUGGUCAGGGUGAGAGGCACCUUCCUUCAUGUGCAAACAGCAAGAGUGCCCGUGUGUGCGUGUGCAGUGUGUGCAGUGUCGUAAUAAGUGUAGGAGACACCUGCCUCCGACGAGUCACGACUCUCUUCCUUACAUGUACCAACUACUGCACUGUACCUUACUCGCUUUCCAUAAGCUGCCUUAUCCUCCUGCAUCUCUUCCCAACGUUCAGCAUGUCGCUCUCGGGGCCGCUGUUGUCCAUGAAAUUGGAGUCUGCUGACUCCGCCUCGACGAAGCCGGCGGCACUCUUGUCUAACCUUUCCAGCCUCUUCACGAAAAGAACAGUUCGCGCGGCAGCAGUCGCUCUGGGCCUGGUGACUCUGCUUGCCUUCUUCACUUCAUCGGGCUUUGCUCCUGCAUCCUUGGGCUCAUAUCGGUCCUCCAGAGGCGGCGAGAAGCUCUACAAUGACAUUCUCAAUCAGACACUCGGGGCAAGUAAUCACCACCACAUCCUCACCAAGGACACCUCGAUCAGAAGUCGACCACGCACACACACACACACUCUCUCUCUCUAGGUGCCACACACUGACGGAAAGCCUAGUUCGAGAAACUGUACUCAAUCAUCAUGCCCUCCAGGACCGAUCUGCGGGACUCUCUUCAGCUGGCCGCAGCAUUGACUGAUCUCAAGAUCGAUAUCGUAGAUGGCAGGUCAGCACCAAAAGACGAAAAAGCCUUUCCACCACAUCCUGACGGAUUUGGAACACAUAACCACGCCAUGGGAGCGUGGAGAGCGCACAUGGAUGUAUUGAGAAUGAUUGUCGAACAGAACAUCUCUUCCGCCGUUGUGAUGGAAAGCGACGUGGACUGGGACGUGAGGAUCAAGCAGCAAAUGCAGAGUUUUGCCAGAGCCUCAAGACUGUUAACACAGCCCCACGCCGAAAACGAAUUCUUUGUGGAUGAUGGACGAGACAUAAUAUCUUUGCCCACCACAUCUCCGUAUGGAGACGACUGGGAUCUGCUUUGGCUCGGACACUGUGGCGCAGACCUGCCUGAAGAUGGUGGUCACAUUCCGAUCGGCCGAGCCGUGUAUCACGACGACACUGUCCCUCCGCUCGAUAAGCUCAAGAUACGGGGCAGGUUCAGGGAACACUUGGAGGUUUUUGGCAAUGCGACUCGUAUAGUAUCCCACACCAACGACAACCUCUGCUCCAUUGCGUAUGCAAUCUCUCAGGCUGGCGCCCGGAAGUUUCUUUACGAGAUGGGCAUCAAGAAACUUGAUGCAGCAGCGGACUUGAUGUUUGCUUGGCUCUGCGAUGGCGCCCAUGGAAGGCCCAUUCAAAAAUGCCUGACUGUGAAUCCCCAGCUUUUCAAUCAGCAUCGAGCCGCAGGACCCAUGGAUAAAGCGAGUAAUAUACAGCACUACCAGGGGACCAUCGAGCAUAGCAGCACAGAAAACAUCAUGUUUGGGAGCAAGGUGAACUUCGAAGCCUUGCUGAAAGGCUCCACGGAUUACAUUGAGUGGGGCCAUGACUGGGACGCCGAAGCUGAAGUUGCAGCUUGAGAGCCAGCGAAGCUCACAGCGCGAGGCGCAAUGUGGCGUGACCGGGUUGCGGGAAGUGGUCGCUCAAUGACGGCACCGGCAGAGGCGUGACAUUAGAUUGUUUGUGAUACCCCAGGAAUGGUUGUAAUAAUGUGUUGUACGCGUUCAGGCGAUGGGAGGAUGGGUGAGACGGAUCCAGGAUUGAGGCAGAGAACAGCACCCAAUAGCCAUGAGAUACCAUGUGGUAGAAAGCUGUGCUGUAAGUGGGCAGCCUCUGCUCGGACUUAGAAACCGAAGCUUUGCCUGACUUCACUUGGACUGGAGAGAAGGGAAGGGAGAGAGAGAGGAAGAGAAGAGUACUGUGAGGUACCAAAGGAGUGAGACGUGUACUACGACUCGGGCCUGCAUGACGGCAAUUAGCGCGUUUUUGCCGUGCCGAGCGCCUGCUCUUCUUCAUCUACAGCCUGCAGUCCACCAUGGUGACUUCGAGUCCUAUGUGGCGCAUGGUAUACUGGCUCUGGUAGAAGUGGCCGGGGAGUAGUACGCGCCAGCUCCUUUGUAGCUUCGUCUAACGCAGUCCAGCCGGCCUCCGGAUCGAGACUGUGCGUCUCAACACAAGAGUCUGUUCGCAAAGUUGGUGGACCGUGUCUCGCUGAUUCGCUGUAGCUCGAACUCGUCAUGGAUGAAUGAGUCGCCCAGCUCUCGAUUGUUGUGAGAAUCCCGAGCUUCAUCUUUUGUUCUGGAAUCGGGUUGACAACAUGUCGCGCGUCAGCUUUGACCAUAGGUCCCCUGGGGCUUGUAUAUGGUAGGGGAAGCGAUGGAGCUCGGGAAGGAUCAAGGAAUCCUCGACGCCAGAAUGAAGGGUGAAAAAUGGGCUUCAAGAUGGGCGCAUUGAUAGCCAGAAUGCCGGCGACCUGUUCCCUUGUAGCCCAUAUAUUGCCGUGUACCUUUGCGGUAUUCUUCAAGCUCGCUACCGUCGCCGUUAGGAUAUUGAUGAGCGCGGCUGUAAUGACAAAAAUUCCCGAGCAUAAGAGCAGAGUCAAUGCAAUCUUGCGUUUAAUCGACACUUUCAUCUGCCAUAACAAGGGCAGCGGGAGGGUCAGGAUUGCGGCAUCGGUAAUGAUGUUGAGGAUGAUGGUCACAUAAAUGAGCUCAUUGUGCUUAUAGCACUGCGGCGGAGGCCGCAGCGCGAUGGCCCAGUUCCUUUGAAUGGGACGACAGAUGGUCGUAAUGGACACAAUGAUUCCCAGAUAGGACAUUGCACAUAGAGCAGCGAGUAACUUGAUCUGGCGAUGUUGAUGGAGGCCCCAGGACAGGCGGUGGAGAAAGAAGAGGACUGUUGCCUUGAGAGACCAUAAUAGAGUGGCGUAAGGAUACCAUCCGACCCACUGCAAUAUGUUGCUCAGAAGAAGCCGGUGCCUCUGGCAGUGACUGAGGCGCCUGAGUUCGUCCUCGGUGGAAGCGGGAUUGGUGCCCAAGAAGUAUGCAGACAGCGACGUGGCAGUGGUUGCCCAGAAGCAUAGUAACGCGAGCGUUGCCGUGUAGUCAUCGCCUUGUAGCUUGCAUCCUCUGACCCGAACUCGCACACAGAGUCGGGCAGUCGUUGCUAUCGUCCCGACCACAACCCAGACGCCGAUUUCCCACACGAUGGCAGGAUUGCGGAAGACUUUUAAACUCUGGCAUCCCAUAUCCGGGAUCUGGGAAACAGCAGCAUUCGUAAAGGACCUUUAGCAGCCAGAUGAGGCGGAGGUGAUAGCUGUUGCUGAAGAGAUUUCAACCACACGAGAGAUUUGCAGAACGUGGUGCGUUUGACCGGCAUCUGAAUUCGAGCAGACAGCAGACUACAUAUGCCAUCAUCGAUUCAUCGAGUAUCCCGCUAGGUCCAUGGUCGACGAUGGUACAAAGAGCUAUGGGUGGGAGUGUACAUCGGACGGCGCACUCCCCGUCAGAGCGUGGCUUAUGAUUGGUGAUGGGGUUGCUGCAUGAACUCUGCGAUGCUGCGUGCAGUGCCGAACUUGUCCCAGAGGGCGUAGGUAGCAUCGUAUCACGCGUCUCGCAGUCACUAUCUUACUCGCAGUCACCAUCAGCGUCUGUCUCCAAGCGUGUAGCCCAGGGGCAGUUCGCAUGCGCAGAUGAGACAGGCGAGGCGAGGCGAAGCGACAGAAUCAGGCAUCAAGGAUGUGGGCAACGUGGUGGGAGCCUGGGAGCCUGGGAGCCUGGGAGCCUGGGAGCCUGGGAGCCUGGGAGCCUGGGAGCCUGGGAGCAGUAGGAGGCAGAACCGCCCCCACAACCAUGACAUUAAGGUAUGUUCGUAUACCCAGGUCAGCACAGAAAGCUUGGGCUCUGCGCGUGCUCUCUCUCUCUCUCUUCUUGUUCAGCCUUCUUCCCUUUCUUCUUCAUCAUCAUCAUCAUUAUCAUCA